UGUACCAACAUGGCAGACGAAUUUCCUCUUCACGAGUGUGUUUUCAAAGGAGAUAUUCGUCAAUUAUCACAACUUUUAAGAUCUCAUGAUGUUACUCAGAAGGAUAAACAUGGGAAUACGCCACUUCAUCUGGCAGUUAUGUUGGGGCACAAAGAAUGUGUUCACUUACUGCUUGCCCACGGCGCCCCAGUGAAAGUAAAGAAUGCUCAGGGUUGGAAUCCGCUGGCGGAAGCUAUAAGUCGGGGUGACAGACAAACAAUCACCUCCUUGUUACGGAAGUUGAAACAGCAAUCACGGGAAGCUCUUGAAGAGAGGAGACCAGCUCUUAUAAAGGCUUUAAAAGAUUUAGGAGAUUUCUACCUAGAACUAAAGUGGGAUUUUCACAGUUGGGUCCCUUUAGUAUCAAGGAUCCUUCCAUCCGACAUAUGCAGAAUUCACAAGAAAGGCUCAAGUAUAAGAUUGGACACAACUUUAGUAGAUUUCAAUGACAUGCGAUGGGAGCAUGGUGAUAUCACUUUUAUAUUCAACGGGGAAUCGAAGCCGUCAAACUCACUGACUGUUCUAGACAAUAAACUCAAAGUCUUUCAAAAUAUCAGGAAUGAGGAGUCUGAGUCUGAGAUAGAAGAUGAAAUAGACAUCCUGAUGAGCAGUGAUAUCGUCGCUGCUCAGAUGCCGACCAAAAAUAUCACAUUCACAAGAGCACAAAAGGGUUUUCUAUUCAGGGAAGAUAAAACGGAAAUGGUUGGUGAAUUUAAAGCUGAUUUUUAUGCAGUCCAUGGUAUGCUCUUAGAUACACGAAAAAGACGAGAGCAUUUAUCAGAUGAGGAUCUACAAAAAAAUAAAGCCCUGAUGGAAAGCUUGAGUAAAGGAACAAUCGUAGAAAACUGUGAUAAGAUACCAAAGGACACAGAAAUUCAGCGGCGGCCUUCUCUCCUCCCACCUAGUACCCCAAAAGUCAGCUGGGAGGUCUACAUCAACAGUAAUGAAAGCAGCCCUCCAAAUCUGGGCAGGAAUCAACGGUUAAAACGAACAUCAAAGUCAUUCAAGGCAACGUUAGCAAUGAGUGAAACCUUCCCCAUGACUGUUGAAGUACUGAUGGACGUCCUGGAGGUUAUUGCACCAUUCAAACACUUCAAUAAGCUGAGAGACUUCAUGCUCACCAGGUUACCACCAGGAUUCCCUGUCAAAAUUGAAAUCCCAGUAUUCCCCACAGUUACUGCCAAAAUAACUUUCCAAGUUUUCAAGUACGACAACAACAUUCCAGGUCAUAAAUUCCGCAUCCCACGAGAUUAUCACGAGGAUCCCAAUCGCUUCCCUGACUUAUGACACUUCAUGGAGACUACCUUCAUCCAUGUCCUUCUUAGUCAAAGAUGCGUUGGGUAUGACUAUGAUUGCACUCCCUUUGAGGAACAGUACAAUGCACCCUUACUUGGCCUGGAUGUACCGCUCACUAACUUAGGCAACUCAAGUGCAGAAAUGACUUUGGUUUUCUGACUAAUGCCCUUGGCCUUGGUUUUAUAACUAGAACCUCUAGAACUAGCAAAAGCCUUGGCCUUUAUUUGACAGCUUAGAGUAAGAAUUCUUCAACAUAAAUAGCAAUAAAACUAUUCUUAGCUUUUCACUCUUUGGCUUAAUUUCACUGUGUAUUCCUGUGUUGACCUUUCACUGGCAGGGAUUUUAUGGGUCGUCUGGUGGUGGAGUUCUGACAUGUGAAAAUGAGGCGGCCAACUGUAUGGUCAGUCAGGAUUGUGGUGACUUGUAUGUCGGGGCUUUGCUGGGAAUCAGAGAGUGGCCAAUUUCACAGCCAUUUAUGUCCCCUUAGCAGCCCCAUUAAACUUUUGAAGAGAGGCGCUGAUCUUGAAAGAGGUGUUUAACUAUAUCCUUUCCAUCAAAUAAUUUGUGCAAGACACAAUGAAAGGACCAUCUACUAAAUUAGAUUGAUUUUACAUGUGUCUUACUAAUUUUUCGCUAUUAAAGGAACGCACAGCUGGUAGAAGUUAUGAUCUUGUGUUGUUAGUUUAUUACUGAUUUGGUUUAAUUUUGAUGGGAAUUUGUAAAUAGGAUUAGGGAUGAUUUUAAAGAGUAUGCCAUGUAUAAAUGUGUAAAUACAUGUAUCAUCUUUUAUCUAUUGGUUUGUCUCUUUGUAACCAUGUCUGUUUAUUCAAUGUACUUUGCCAUUAAGGCAAAGAGAGCUUCUUCGUGGAUGCAAGAGAGCUCUCCUGCUGCCAUCUUGUGACAAAAUGAAUAACUAUAAACUGCUUGUAGGCUAGAGUUGGAAACUUUUAUUUGUCCUAAAUUGAUAAUUUUUGGUAAUUUUACAUUUAAACAUUGUACAGUCAACUAAUUAUGUGCUAAUCAAUAGGUAUUAUCAUGUCAGAACAAUAUGAUAUUGCAAAAUAAUAUCUAAUCAAAGGUUACAGUCAAAGCGGUACAAUUAUAUCAUGAUGGAGGCGAACAAAUUUUAAAGAUGUAAAUUGAACAAAUUUUAAUGUAAUUGGUCUGUGGUGUUGAUAAACAGUACAUGUAUCUCAUUUAAUCUUGUGACUGUAAGUUUUGUCUCCAAGUUUGUCAGCAGAUCUGUAAAUACCACCACAAGCUGAAAUAAAAACUUAAAAUACAUUGGUUUCUCCAACUGAGCUGGAUUUUCAGUUCUAGUUUUAAAAAGUUGAGAUCAUUCCGGACUGAGUUUUAUGAAAUUUGUUGCAAGAAAUCGCUUAAAACUAAAGAAUGAUUACUUUGGGAUGAUUAUUUGAGCUAAAACAUCUUGGUAUUAAAUCAUCCUCUGGUGGUUCUGUGGACCCAGGCCCAAUUCAAACCUGUCCUUCUGAGCUUCUCAACAGGUUUUUGUUGACAUUUCUGUUGCUAUGGCACAAGAUCGUAUUCACCUAGUACUGUAAUCGGUUGCAAGGAUCUGCCAUAUGGCCUAAGUGUGUAUAUAGUUGAGAUAAUCAACAGCCCCUGAAAACCUUCAUCAGUCAUUUUAUGUACAUAUUUUGGAUGUGUUAUUUAUCAAGUAAUGAAUAAAGGAACAGUUACUGUUUUGAUAGAA